AUGAAGAUCAUCUUUGCAAUCAACGCGGGAUCAAGCUCUCUAAAGAUUUCGGUCUAUUCAGCCGAAGACCGCAAUGCCACGCCCCGCGAGAUUGCUAACGCCCAGGUUGUUGGUUUAACAUCACCUAGCACCAAGCUGACCUACACUCGCGGCAAUGAGAACAUUUACAAAAACCACCAAGUAACGGCCGAAAGCCAGGACGAUGCGUUUAGCAUUCUCCUUGACACUCUUUUGGGCGAUGAAAAAUUGGACGAGGUCAGGUCGAAAAGCGACAUUGCGAUUACUUGCCAUCGCAUUGUUCAUGGGGGAAAAUACGAGUCAGCUCAGAUUAUCACCAAGGAUACCUACCAUCAUAUCGAGGCGCUUAGCGAUCUUGCACCGCUUCACAAUGGUGCCGCCUUGGGGAUUGUUGAAUCUUGUAUUCGCAAACUUCCCGAUACCACUAAUAUCGCCUGCUUCGACACCCAGUUUCACAUGUCCCUCCCACCUCAUGUCUAUACGUAUCCCAUCAAUCAGGAGAGGGCGCGGAAGAACGGCCUGAGGAAAUACGGUUUCCACGGACUCAGCUAUUCAUUCAUCACUCGUUCUGUAGCCAAAUUUCUCCAAAAGGACGUCAGCCAAUUGAAUAUUAUUGCAUUGCAUCUGGGUAGUGGUGCCAGCGCCUGCGCCAUUAAAGGCGGGAAAAGCUGGGAUACAAGCAUGGGGCUCACACCCCUCUCCGGGCUCCCUGGCGCAACCCGCAGCGGAAGUGUGGAUCCAAGCGACGUCGGAAAGCUAUCUCCCGCCUCAACUGAGAAGCUGCACAUCUCAAAGGCCGAGCAGAUUCUCAACAAAGAAUCAGGUCUCUCUGCCCUGACAGGAACUGCGGAUUUUGCAGCUAUUGCAGGAGCCGAUCGUGCAGAGCACCCACAACACGCUCUUGCAUUCGACCUUUUUGUGGACCGUGUUUCCGCCUUUAUUGGGAGCUAUUACGUCUCGCUCGAGGGCAAGGUAGACGCCCUUGUUUUCGCCGGUGGUAUUGGCGAAAAGAGCUCUCGCUUCAGAUCUGCCGUUGUCAGCAGUACUGCUUGCCUUGGCUUUGCCAUUUCCGAUGCUUCGAACGAUAGCAUCUCCACUAAAGGUUCAGUUACGCAAGACAUUUCCAGCGAAGAUUCAAGGAGUAAAGUCUUGGUAUGCCAAACGGAUGAACAAAUAGAAAUGGCAUGUAUGUGUCAUAGUAAGGAUGAGUUGUGGAAUUAA